AUGGAAAGUAAACCCCAAGGCACAGAAAAGUCUAACCAGAUAUUGUGGAACUAUGAUGAUCAACUUCAGGGUUUAGGCCGUGUUAGGUCUUUUACAUGUGCCUUCUGCAAAAGAGGGUUUUCGAACGCACAGGCACUAGGAGGUCACAUGAAUAUUCACAGAAAAGAUAGAGCCAAGCUCAGACAAUUCACCGAAGAAAAUCUUCUUUCAUUGGACAUUGCAAAGACAUGCUUGAUCGAUCAACUACAAGAAGAGAAAACUGCAGUCAUAUUGGAAUCUAGUGAACAAAAAAGUUGUACCCCAAAAAGACCAUCCACUAGUCUCUCCAUAGAAGAGGAUCACAGCAAUACGCCUAUGAGUAAAGAUGUUGAAGAACUUCAGAAGCUACCUUUCUUCUCCGAGGCCCCGUCGUCAAGUGGUACUUCUACGAGAGAGAAUGAAGAGAAAAGGAUAGAGUUGGACCUUGAGUUGCGUUUAGGACCGGAACCUCUAGAGGCAUCAGCAGCCACAAACACCAAAGAAUUUUUUGGUCCUCCAAGUAAAUAG